AUGGCGAGAGUCAGGGGAAAGAAUUCCAGAUUAGAGGAGAUGAAGAUAAGACGCUCUCCACGUAUCCAAAAGAUUCUCUCACCACCGGAAAAGAAAACGCCUCAUGUGGACCAAAGAGGAAGAAGAGGUCGCCCUGCUGGCCGAUCCAAGCGCCGAACACAGGUAUCAAAGCAGUCACCCUCGUUAGGUAUCGAGGUACAAAUUCCAGUCAACAAUCAACCGAAUGAUACCAAAGAGGACGAGGAGAUGAAAACUCAACGCGAGGGCGAAGACCAAGCGAAUAUAGAAGACAAAAGAGGAGAAACACCCAAAGAAGAGAAAGUAGCUGGACUAAAAGCAUUUUCGCAACCCCAACAUCCUAAAUACGAAGGAUGUAUGUGGAUUAACGGGUCGCUGAUCCCGCCUUACUGCGGCGUUCGGCGGUGGAAACCUUUAGGUGACGCGGAAAUCGAACCGCUGUUGGGCAGAUAUGAGACCCAGAUCAGGGAAUGGGCAUCUGAGUAUGCCGCUGAGCUUGGGGAUGGGGUUGAUAGUGAGGAAGCUCUAUCUGAACAGGAAAGGAAGUUGAUUAUGGAUCGCUUGGGGAGUUAUUGUUCGUAUCGGGAUUGGAAUAGUUUGAUAGAGGGCCUUUCGCCGAAGAAAGAUAGACCUGAGGUUUCGAUGCCGGGUUCUCCACACACUCCGGUGAUGAAUGAUUCUGACGGCAAGGAACAAGAGAAUCCACUUCUUCAGAUGAACAUGACUCCUGAUUCUCCGCCGGAGGUUCUUCCAGAUAAUUCGACAGAUGAUAUCGCCGAUGUCAAGUCGGAUAGCGUUCUAGAUGGUUCAAACGAGAACGCUCUUGAUGAAGUGACGGCUAAGCCUCAGGAGCCCAAGGUAGAAAGCCCUACAGAUGUUAAAGCUGCGAGUGCUAUCAAUACCUCCUCUGAGAAUCACCCGGAGGGCCCGGUGUCGAACUCUUCAGAUGCACCUGCAGCCAGCACAUCUAAUACCCCACCAUCGAGCCCACCAUCGAGCUCCUCUGAAGCGGUAACAAGCUCUCAUGAUGUCCCACCGCUCAAUGUACCAAAGAGAAAGCGCCCCCACCCACCAGAGCUCUCGGUUCUGCUGGUGGAAUGUCUAAUCAGUAAAUGUCUCUACGAGAAAAUAAUCCAGGACCCGUUCUAUUAUCUUGUCAAAGCAGAGGACACGAAGGUCAGCAGCGUGCCAACCACAUUUGGCAGAGACUUUUAUAACAUCUGGCAGAAGCUGAUGAGAGCGAGCCGAGUCAAGGCACAACGAAUCCGAAUGGAAAUGACCCAGCUUCUCAACGGCUUCGACAUCUGGGACCAAUGCCACGACAUCUCGAUCGGAGCACAGAGUCGUACACUCCGAAAACAAGCUCUCGAACGCCUCAUUACCUCUCUUCUCGGCUCAUCCAGCGCCAUACACCCCCUCUUACGUCCACUGGAUGACCCCAAAAAAAGCGAAACCCGCUUCAAGCGCCUCCUGCAAAUUUUCCGCGAGGCCGCCGAGAUCGCCAUCUGGAUGUACACACAGGAGAGCUACUUCUUGUUCACCGACAAUAUUGCCACAUUAGGGCCCUUUGACGGGCAGAUCACGGGGCGCGAGGAAUGUCUGGAGUUGGGGUAUAAGGAGGCCGAGGAUACGAUGAGACCGCAUUGGUUUACGAGACGGGAUUAUCCGGAGGGUAUGUUGAACGGGAGAACUCCGGUGUUGAUGAUCAGGCCGGUGCUGAAGAGGGUUUUUGUGGAUUCGUGGACGAGCUGCGCGUUGAAUGAUCGGCCGGGUACGGUGGUGUCGAGGGCUGUGGUGUGUCUGGGGAGGGAUGAGCCGCUAGACGAGAAUCGGACGAAGUGGUGA